ACUCAUCGAUACAGUUGGUCUUGGUGAUACAAAAUUAACCCAACAAGAAGUCCUUUAUAAACUGGCAGAUGCUUCUCAUUCCAUAGAAAAUGGGUUAAGUCAAAUACUAUUUGUUACAAGUGGUAGAUUUACCAAAGAAGAAGUGGAUGCUUAUGAUCUUUCAGCAGUAAUCAAAGCAUGUAAAAGGGUUAUACAUAUAGAUAAUCCACCAUUAGUUGGUCGUGCUAAAGAAACCAACAAAAUAAUCAGAGAUGAGUCAAGGAAAAGAAUUCUAUUGCAUUUAAAUGCUUGUAAAGAAGUUUACAGACCAGAAAAUUUAGACCA